AGUCAAGAUUUACCAGUUGACAACUGAAAAAUAACAGUAUAGUGUAUCUUUUUAAUUUUGAAUAGAAGCCAGUUGAUAUGUGAAAAGAAUAGGGAAGUCUUCUAGUCCGUUCAACAUCGAACAGGGUACGAUGCACUGGUUACAUGCAGCACUAUUUGAUGAUCGUGAUGAAUCGCAAUUUAUUGCAUAUUUAGCUGUUGCUCAACAAAGAAAAAUGGAGGGCAUGAGAGUAUAUUUCCCAUGUAGGCCUUAUUCACGAGGUAAUCUCUCUCAAGUUAUCUUUACAUCACUUCCAGUUUGGAAAAUGGCAGGAGGAUCUACAAAUAGCUACAAUGCUGGGACGCAGGACUGCCCAAAAUGCUUUGCACGCCUUUCCUUCGUCCAUGAAAACUUCCACGCAACGCAGGUGGUAAAAUUGUCCGCGAAAGAACUGGGUACCAUGUCUGAAAAUAACACGAGAGGGAUCACCUCAGGAGUAAUUAAGUCCUAUAUGGGUGAUGAAUACUCUUAUCCUUCCUCCUUUCUCGAACUUGCUUAAAAAUGAUAUUAUGCAAAUAACUUGUCUGAUGCUGCAUGGUGUUAAGAGUUUAUCUAUGUCAAUAUUUCUUAUUACAGAAAAAGCCCACUUUGAGAAACAAAUUUGAUUUUGUACUCAAGGAUGGCAAUAUCGACCUUUUCCUUGGUUUUCUCGCUGUCUGUAGCCGCCGUGAUAAUUUUUAACAUAGCAGGUAAUUUCCUGGUGUGUGCUGUAAUACUGAAGAAAAAAGCGAUGAAAACCUCUGUCAACUGGCUUCUUUUCCACCUGGCCAUCGCUGAUUUACUGGUCGCUGUCUUUUUCAUUCCUCCUAUCAUUCUGAGCCACUUUAUCGAGCAGCCGAGCGGUGUUACUGGAGACCUGCUGUGCAAGUUCGUUUUCGUUGGGGCCUUGGGUUGGGUGGCGGCCUUGAUGUCGACCUUUCUUCUGGUGAUGAUAGCUUUUGAGCGUUAUAACGCCACUUUACAUCCCCUGGAACAGCUCAGUCGGAGUCGGUCGCGGUGGUCGGUGCCAAUCAUGUGGGUCCUAGCGCUCCUAUUGGUUAGUCCCCUUUUCGUAGUGUCGACUUACGAUGCAGAAAAUCAAAUGUGUGUGGACAACUUCCCAAACCACGUGACAUCUCGAGCGUUUUACCUGUUUUGGGCAUUUUGCAAUGAAUUGGUGCCAAUAACCAUCAUGGGAUACCUGUACACGCGGAUAAUUCUGCGUCUGCGUGCGGUCGUUCUCGUGCCAGUCUCCUAUCCAAACUCAGUUUCACAGUCCAGGCAUAAAGUAACAAAGAUGCUCAUCUCAGUCUCUGUUAUCUUCAUCGCGUGCUGGACCCCUGCGGCAGUGCUUUGCUUGCUGACUCCCGUGAUUCCUGGUAGGCGCGCCACAGUGAAUUCCGUAGCUAAAGCAAGUGCGCUGUUGAAUUCCAGUCUCAAUCCAGUGGUGUACAGCUUUUAUAGCCAGCAUUUCAGGAAGAAUGUCGCUUCAAUGGUGCCUUGCUGCAAGAGCAAGUAGUUACCAAUCUUGCAAGUCCUGGGUAUUCAACAAAAACAAACG